UAUCUACCAAAGGUGUUUCAUUUGCUGGAAGUGUUCGUUGUGGCGUGUGUGUGUAUAGUGGUGGUUAUCUGCCAGUAGUUAAGAGCAAUUAACUCCCUUAACUACCCCCGCGGUGAUUGGUCAGAGGUGUAGUGUAUCAGCGGACACAGUACCACUCACAAGCCCUCAAGUGUCAAUGAUGUGUGGCGAGGGUUUAACUCCCACAGACGUGUGGCGGGGGUUUGGCUUCCCAUCGGACGUUUGGCUGGGGUUCAGCUUUUCACCGGACAUGUGGCAGGGGUACGGCUUACCACCAGACAUGUGGCGGGGGUUCGGCUCCCCACCGGACGUGUGGAGGGGGUUCGGCUGCCCAUUGGACGUGCGGCGGGGGGUUGGGCCUCCCACCGGAUGUGCGGCGGUGGGGUUGGGCCUCCCACCGGAUGUGCUGUGGGGGGUUGAGCCUCCCACCGGACGUACAGCAGGGGGUCGGGUCUCCCACCGGACGUGCGGCGGGGUGUCAGGCCUCCCAUCGGACGUGCAGCCAGGGAGGGGGGCCUCCUACCGGACCUGCGGCGGGGGUUCACCUAAAGGAGAGAUGGGCGAGGAACGUGGUGCUGCUGGUGCUGACGCUGCAGGUGUCGACGUGGGGCCACACCCUGGCCGGAGCCUCCACCAGGGACGGCGAGAGGCUACACUCCGCCCUGCUGGAGCUGACCACGGUGCUCAGGGGCCUCAGGGGCGACCUGAGGGACGGCUUCGACCACCUGGUGAGCGAACUGCAGCAGGAGCGACUCUCCCGGGAGGAGGUCACUCAUGUCCUCAGAUCCCAAGUUGACGAUAACCGCAAAGCUAUAGAGAAUGUUGGUGAAGAGUUGAAGCUGGUGACGGGGGGCGGUGGUGGGUGCCCCUGUGGCGCCGACGGUGAGGGCCACACUGGUGAGGGCGGCGUGGAGGGCGGCACCAACCACGCCACCAACCAGUCUGGGGAGGCCGCCCACUCUGACGGACACCCCACACACACCAUAGUGUGCCCGCCGCCUUUCCUCCUGGUGGGGUCUCACUGCCUGGCACUGCUACGAGAGAGGACGCCGUGGGAGGCCGCCCGCGCCCGGUGCCACAGCUACGCCCUCAGUGUGGUGGGCGUGCGGGCGGGGGCGCGACAGGUCAGCGGCGACCUGGUCGUCCCACACGACAUGGACGCCUUCAAGAGCUUUGUCGCCUCCACCGACUUCAGCGGCGCGCCCUCUGGACGGGCGUGGGUGGGAGGUUCGACGGAGGGUUGGGGCGGCGUGUGGGCGUGGGUGGACGGGUCUCUGAUGAAGGAGCUGCCUUGGCUGUACUCCCAGCCGGGCCUGGAGGGCGGCCUCCUGGCCGUCGACAGUGACGCCAACUUCCACACUGCCAGCAGGCGGGUGGCACUCUGGCCCAUAUGCCAGCUGAGGUAGUGCCACCCUCCUCCACCCUCUCCUUCCCGUGCCUCCACCACCGCACCACCAACACUCACCAAGUCACCCAAAAGGCGCCAACAGCUGCGAGUCACCAGUAUCUGCUCUUCAGCAACAAGGCCAAAGACUGGGGUCGCCAAAUGCACUUAAGCCACCAUCAGAAAUUCACAAGUCGCGCCACCAGCCUAUUAUGAAACGAUAAUUCACAAUUUAUGAAAUUCCCUUCACCUUGAACGGAAUAUUCUCACCAAGAAAUACAGAUCAAACUCACCAGAGAAAAAGUCAAAUUAAUCAGGGAAAACGGAGCAAUGUCACCAGGUCGAACAGUAGGGGUCACUGAACUAUUAUGGAAAACCCAAGUCGUGACAAGAAGGCGGACGGUUCACCAGAAAAAAUAAACACGGUCCCUACCCAGUGGGCACACUAUCCAAGAAUAACGUUGAUAACGCUAAUUCAACAACGUGGAUAACGUUAUACACUUGGAUAGUGUGACCAGUGGGCAGUGUGACCAUGUUCCAUCAAGCUCUCCAGUCCGACCUAAAGAGCAAUUUACACCGCCAUCUUGAUUCUAGCGAUGCCAAUGUUUCGCUUCAAAUGAUGUCACUCUUGAGAUCAUAUUGAUGUCACUAACGUUAUCCUACCCAGUGGGUACAAUAUCCAAGACCAACGCCGAAUCAUCGAUGCUUCAAGUGAGGAACCAACGCCACUCCAAUGGAACCAAUGUUAUUUUUAAAUAUACAAGAGUUCUUACAUUGUUGUACAGCCACCAGCACGUAUAGCGUUUCGGGCAGGUCCUUAAUCCUAAUUUUCAUAUGGAAUACGACCCGCCAAAUUGUUUAACAACCCAGGUACCCAUUCACUGCUGGGAGAACAGAGGCUACAGUUAAGGAUUGGCGCCCAGUCAUUCCGGAAAGGAUUGACUAGGCGGACUGACUGGUUACGUUGAAACAAGUCAAACAAGUCACGUCAGUCAGUCCUCCCUGGAUAGCUGCUAUGACUAGUCAAUCCUGGUCAUGCCACUGCCUUGAUGCUAAUCAUGUCAGUGUCUUAAUCCUAGUCAUGUUAGUGUCUUACUUCUAGACUAUCACUGUUUUGAUUUCAGUCAUAUCAUCUUAAUAAUUAAUUAAAGGGUCCAACCAGAGUUUUCAACAAUUUAUUAGUUUUGUUUCUAAUACUACAAUAAAGUUUAAAUUUUAAACUCCAUUUUGAGCUGUAUUUGAAGGAUACAGAUAAUUCUUAACACCUUUUUAAAUCACUGACGACAGUAAAUACAUUGGCAGCAAUGUUCAAGUCUUACCAAUUGAUAUUUUUGUGUUUGGUUUACCUUGAAAACAUUACAAAAUCGAUUAAUUAAAGUAAUUGGAAAGUGUAUAAACAGAGUUAUGUACUGUAAAAAGGAUAUUCUUCAGGAUUUAUGAUGUUUACUUGAAAUAUAUUUGAUCUUUUCAAUGUUACAAAAUAAAUAACACUUCAGUGAUAUUGGUUUAAACGUUUUAAUUAGUUUAUUUAAUGUAUAACUCAGUGUUAGCCGUUACUAAUACUUAUGAUUUACAGACUUCUAUAGUGAAAUAGUAUAAUAAGCUUUUAGUCUUAAGUCAUAUCACUUAUAUAAACGUCUGAAUCCUAGUCAUAUCUGUGUGUGCUAAGCUUAGUCAUGUCUGUGUCUUAGUUCUAGUCAUGUAAGUGUUAAUGCUAAUCAUGUCGGAUGAUUAAUCCUAAUCAUGUCGGAUGAUAAAUCCUAAUAAUGUCGAAUGAUUAAUCCUAAUCAUGUCGAAUGAAUAAUCCUAAUCAUGUCGAAUGAUUAAUCCUAAUCAUGUCGAAUGAUUAAUCCUAAUCAUGUCGAAUGAAUAAUCCUAAUCAUAUCGAAUGAUUAAUCCUAAUCAUGUCGAAUGAUUAAUCCUAAUUAUGUCGGAUGAUUAAUCCCAAUCAUGUCCAAUGAUUAAUCCUAAUCACGUCGGAUGAUUAAUCCUAAUCAUGUCGGAUGAUUAAUCUUAAUCAUGUCGGAUGAUUAAUUCUAAUCAUGUCAAAUGAUUAAUCCUAAUCAUGCUGGAUGAUUAAUCCUAAUCAUGCCGAAUGAAUAAUCCUAAUCAUGUCGAAUGAUUAAUCCUAAUCAUGCUGUAUGAUUAAUCCUAAUCAUGUCGAAUGAUUAAUCCUAAUCACGUCGAAUGAUUAAUCCUAAUCACGUCGAAUGAACAAUCCUAAUCAUGUCGGAUGAUUAAUCUUAAUCAUGUCGAAUGAGUAAUCCAAUCAUGUCGGAUGAUUAAUCCUAAUCAUGUCGGAUGAUUAAUCCUAAUCAUGUCGAAUGAUUAAUCCUAAUAAUGUCGAAUGAAUAAUCCUAAUCAUGUCGAAAGAUUAAUCCUAAUCAUGUCGAAUGAUUAAUCCUAAUAAUGUCGAAUUAGUAAUCCUAAUCAUGUCGGAUGAUUAAUCCUAAUCAUGUCGAAUGAUUAAUCCUAAUAAUGUCGAAUUAGUAAUCCUAAUCAUGUCGGAUGAUUAAUCCUAAUCAUGUCGGAUGAUUAAUCCUAAUCAUGUCGAAUGAUUAAUCCUAGUCAUGUUUGCCUCUUUAUCCUAGUGCUGUCUGUGUGUGUCUAUCCAAGUGAUGCCUCUAUUAGUCCUGCUAACGUCAUCAUUAUGAGUCAUUGUCCAUCGUUCUGUCACUAACUGUGGUUUUGACAACUUUAUCUAAGCCAUAUCUAUGUUAAACCACACAAUUGUUUGAUUUGGAAUAAAUCAUAUGUGGA